UGCACUGCAGCUUUCAAUCCCUGAGCGAGCCAAAGGGCUUCCUCUGCAGGAAAGGAAGGGAAAUGCCUGUGAGGAGGAGGCGGUGGCGAGCCCUGGCCAGUGCGCUGCGAUCAGAGCGGGACCCGACCAGCUGCCAGCAGCCAGUCUGCCUUGCCAGGCUAAGCAUGGAUCGCGCCUCCUGAGCCGACCACCCCUCCCGCCCCCCACAUCCACUGCUGACUAGUUAUCCCCUCCCUUCUCAGCCCCACACCGACCCCGCUCCAGCUCCGGGAGGGAAGGAGGUGCGACCGACCCAGGCGUGCAGGACCAUGAUCUGAGGGCGGGAGACCUGAAAGUUGGGGGAGAUGAGCAACGCAGACUUCACAAAACCACCACUAGCACCAAAACCAAAGAUUAUCAGUCAUCUUUCUUCCGUGGCUGUCUCCAAAUUUCCGCCUUCAUUGUCAAGGCCUGAUAUUCUUCAUAAUCCAAACUCUAUGUCUAGGGGUCCAAAACCACCCAUUGCUCCCAAGCCAAAACUCUCAGCUGACACUGAGGGGAGGUCCAGUGUUUAUACCAACAAUAACUUAAAUAAAUUCACAAAUGGAAAACUGAUAUGUCCCGAUGGAGAGCUGUAUGAAGGAAAUCAAUGCAACAUUGAGUGCUCGGAAUCUGAGGCUGGUGAUGAAUAUAUCGUAGUUCCUGAAGCUCAGCUGACUGAUGACUUUGAACAUGCGCAUGACGAGUGUUUAGAGUCAUCUGCAGAGAAUGAGGUCUUAGAAACUCCAGAAGCAUCCGGGGAGGAAGAGGAUCAUAGCAUAGCUAAUGACGAGGAGAUCUGUAAUCCAGAAAUAACUGAAGCCGAGGACAAUGACUCUUCAGAUGCUGUGGAACCAGACUCAGAUGGAGCAACAGAAAUGAGAGGCUGUGACAGGUCUGAAGCAGUUAGUCAAGUGUCUUCAGGAGCCCUUGAAGUAGAAGAUGUUGCUUCUAAGAAUAUGGAGGAAGAAGUGGACUGUGUAGAUGACCCCCAAAACUACUUCAAAGGUGAGGCUGAGGAAACAUUUAAUAACCUCAAUCUGGUAAAGGACAAUAAUGAGUAUAACCUGGAAAACUGUAAGAUUUUGAAUGGAGAUGAGGACUUGAAGGGCAAUAUCUGUGAAGACAUUAUUCUAACACAUUUACCUGUAGAUGAUGAGCCAAUACCAGAAGAGAAUGAUGAACUGCCCCAAACUUUAGAAGAUGAGCUAUCAAACAAUGACACAGAAGUGAGUCCAGCAAACAAUGGUGACCUGGAUGAUAAUGCAGAGUUUGUACUGAGUACAGAAACGGAAUUAGUAAAUUAUGGUUGUGCAAAUCCUGAUAUAAUUCCUGAUGAUGUUGAUGAAGAAGAAACAGACAUUGGGUUAGGACUGAAAGAAAAUGAACCUGACGCAGAAGGGGAUUUGGGAGGUUCUAUCAAUGAAGCUGCAGCUGAAGAAGAGGAAGUAAGUCCAGAUAGCGACAAAGAAACAAAUGUGGAAAGGGAAGACUAUAUAGAUGAUGGGUACCAAACCACUGAGAUGAAGAGUGAGGAGGAAACAUCAAAGACAACAUGUGAGGCUAGAGAAGACUCUGAAAAAGAGGAAGAAGUGGUGAAGGCAGAGAAUAUAGAUGAUAGUUGUCAAAUUGUUCCGUUUGAGAGCGAAUGCAAUGAAGAUGUCAUUGACUCACCCCAAGAAAACUUAGAUGAUAAUUUGCAACUGGAAAGGACUUUUUUGAGUAAUGAUAGCCAGCUCUCUAGUCCUCAAACUGCUAGUGAGCCAGAGCUGGAAGGGGAAUCUAAACCAAAUGUGUUUGUUGAAGAUUGUGGUGACAAUGAAUGUGUCUUGGAAGAAUCUGAAUCAGAUGAGCAAGUUCUUGAAGGCACCAAGGUCAGUCAUAGUAGCUUUGAAGAAAGCUCCCCAAAUCCACCUGAACAAGCAUCAGUUGAGGAUAAAUACCAUACAGCGGAAGAAUUAGCUAGUUGUGAUCAAAGCAAAUAUAAAGCAGACUAUGAUAGCGAACAUGAGUCUAGUGAGUAUUUAGCAGUCCCUGAAGUGGUUGUUGUACCUGAGGAAGGAGAAACAACCAGUGAUUCUCUAGAUGAUCCUUAUGUGAUGCCCUCAGAGAAUGCAACCCCUCAUGUUAGAGAAGUGGUGCAGACUGAAUUAGAAGAUAUUCCAUGUGAUUACAGCAUAAGAGAAGAACUAAUUGUAGACACUGAAAACAACCUGCUAUCCAUUGAUCGAAAAAGUAUGGUCACUAGAACAAGGUCACUCUCUGGGAAAGUGCCUGGCUAUGUGCCAGAAACUGUUCCAGAAGAAACUGGACCAGAAACGGAUGUACAGUCCUCAAAUGAUGACUCUCUGACUGAACAUUUAACCAAUAACUUACCGCUCUUGGAAGGAAAACCAAUAGAAGUCAAUAGGGCCUUACCAGCCACGUCAAGACGCUUUAUUUUAUACCCACGGUCUUACUCGGUAGAAGGGAGAGAUAUGCCAGUCUCUGUUUACAGAGAAACUGAUGGCUCUACAUUGGAUGACAAUAGAAUAAAGAGGACAGAAGACAACCUCUUUUUGCCCUGUGUAAUUGGUUCUUCAGGUAGCUUUUCACAGAGGAAUCACCUUUCAUCAAGUGGUGUGUCCACCCCAUCCUCAGUUGUUGACAUACCACCUCCUUUUGAACUAGCCUGUAUCACCAAAAAGCCAAUCACUAAAAGUUCCCCCUCACUUUUAAUAGAGAACGAAUCUCCUGAUAAGUACACUAAGAAAAAGAAAUCAUCUUUUAAGAGGUUUCUCACCCUAAAAUUUAAGAAGAAGACAGAAAAUAAGGUCCAUGUGGAUGUUAAUGUUUCCUCUUCAAGGUCCUCUUCAGAGUCUAGCUAUCACGGGACUUCUAGGAUUAUGGAACUGGACAGAAGGAGCUUGAGUAGUUCACCUCAGCUAAAGUCCCAUACUGGGAAGCUGCGAGCUUCUGAGUCUCCCUCUACUGUUCUUUUCUACAAGGAUGGUAAAAGAAAGGGGAUCCCCAAAACCUUUAGCAGGAGUGUGUCGAGAGUGGAGUCCUUUGAGGAUCGAUCCAGACCUCCUUUCAUGCCACUCCCCUUAACUAAACCUAGGUCUAUUUCGUUCCCUAAUGCUGAUACUUCUGACUAUGAGAACAUUCCAGCUGUGAGCUCCGAUUAUGAAAAUAUACAAAUUCCUCCUCGAAGACCAACCAGAGCAGGAACUUUUACAGAAUUUUUUGAAGAUCCCAGUAGGGCAUUAUCUGCUGCUAAUGAGAAUGACGGCUAUGUGGAUAUGAGCAGCUUCACAGCCUUUGAGAACAAGCAGCAAACCACAGACCAGGAAACAGAAAGUGCCUAUACCGAGCCUUACAAGGUGUGCCCUGUCUCUGUGGUACCCGUGGAGGACGUCACAUCAGACGAGGAACAGAAGAGUUCAGAAGAUGAGGAGAGUAGCCAAGGGGAUCCCAGCCUCGUCCAUAAAAAAGAAGGACAGUCCAGAGCUUACCUCAUCGCCCAGGAGCUGGUGUCUUCGGAGAAAGUAUAUGUGGAGAUGCUCCGGCUGUUACAUGUGGAUUUCCAUGAAGCAGUCUUGAAAGUGCUGGGGGAUGAGGAUGAAAAUGAGAGGGAGGAGGUGAAGCUCAAGCAGGGCUUGAGUGAGAUCCCUGAAAUCUACAGACUACACCAGGAGAUACUGGGAGAACUGGAGGAAAGAGUCCUCAAUUGGGAGGAACACCAGAAAGUGGCUGACGUUUUUCUCUCAAGAGAAUCAAGGUUCAAUCACCACACAGCAUAUAUUAUGCAGUUUGAUAGGAAUUUGGCUUUGCUAGAUGAAACCUGCCUUAAAUCUUCCCAGCUGGCCACUGUCAUCCGGGAGUUUGAGCAGGAUCCUGGCGGCAGCCCUCUGAAUGUGAAACACCAGUUUUUGAAAGUGGUGCAGCGCAUAUUCCAGUACCGCGUGCUACUCACAGAUUACUUGAAUAACCUUUGUCCUGAUUCUGCAGAGUAUGAAGACACACAAGCUGCCUUACUCAUGGUCUCUGAAAUUACGGACCGAGCCAACGACAGCAUGCAGCAAGGGGAAAACUUGCAGAAGCUGGUACACAUUGAGCACAGUGUCAGGGGGCAAAGCAACCUCCUCCAGCCAGGAAGGGAGUUUCUGAAAGAGGGAACACUGAUGAAAGUGUCUGGGAAAAACAGGCAUCCUCGGCAUUUGUUCUUGAUGAAUGAUAUUCUGCUGUACACGUAUCCCCAGAAGGAUGGCAAAUACCGACUGAAGAACACCUUGGCUGUGUCCGGCAUGAGGGUCAGCCGCCCAGUGACAGAAAAAGCCCAAAACGUCCUGAAGAUUGAAUACGCUGAACACUGCCUGACCCUGUCAGCAAGUUCAUGCUCUGAAAGGGACGAGUGGUAUAGCUGCAUCAGCAGAACCAUUCCAGAUGACUACAAAGCUCACAAUGCAUCUACCUUUCACAACAGUAUUGAGCUAAGGGAAAGACUGGGAAUAUCCUUGGGUGAGAGGCCUCCAACCUUGGUACCUGUGUCCCACGUCAUGAUGUGUAUGAACUGCGGCUCUGAUUUUACCCUCACUCUGAGACGCCAUCAUUGCCAUGCAUGUGGGAAGAUUGUAUGUCGAAAUUGUUCAAGAAAUAAGCAUCCCCUGACGUACCUCAAAGACCGACUAGCAAAAGUCUGUGACGGCUGCUACUCAGAACUAAGAAAAAGAGAGCGGCCAGUAAGUGUGAGCUUCCCUCCAACUUCAUCCAGGUUUUCAGGCAGUGCCUUCUCUUCCGUCUUCCACAAUAUUCACUACUCAUCCUUCAAGAAACAAAAGAAGAUCCCUUCUGCUCUUAUGGAGGUAGGACCAACGCUGCCUGAGAAAAGGUGGCAGCUUCAGGAGAGGGCUCUUCUAUCAGUGGCUAUCUCAGCAGGUGUAAGAGAGGCAAAAGGCACUGGAAGAAGCUCUGGUUUGUUAUCAAAGGCAAAGUCCUCUACACCUACACGGCAAGUGAGGAUAAAGUCGCCACAGAGAGUCUGCCUUUGCUGGGUUUCACAGUUGCCCCAGAAAAGGAGGAAGGAAGUACGGAUGCAGUUUUCCAUCUUUACCACAAGCAAACCUUGUUUUAUAGCUUCCGCUCGGAGGAUAACAAUUCAGCACAGAGGUACUGCGCGUGGAAUUGCAAUUACAUACUAAUCCGUGAAUGAGCAUAAAGUGUGGAUUGAAGCCAUGGAAGAAGCAACCAUAUUAUAGCAGUAAUCCAUCAAGAGGACUUGGAAUAAACUCUCAGAUUUCUCUACAUUCCCAUCAGCCCGUUUCUGUUUCAAGAAGCUGAGUAGUGUAUUUCAAACCACCUGGCUAUACACUCUGGAUAUGAACUGUUUCCAGAUUGCUAUCUUUCUUUUGCUUCCUUCAUUUUAAAUCCACAUUUUUUUUUGCAAGUUGAAAACUUUAAAAUAGAGAAUAUUCAUGGUCCUCUUUAUGUCUGUGCGAGUUCAACCUGUGCUAUAACUCAUUCCCAUAAUCCCACAGUAAGUUAAGUUUUAACAUCAAGACAAGAAAUAGAUACAAAUUAUUUCUGAACUCACAUGGAAGUACUGGCUAACAGUAAGUAACAGGCUCAGUUUUACUUACCCUAGAGAACUAUCAACUUUCAUUUUGUUGGUUUUGGUGUCUACCAUGAAAUAAGAAAUAAUGCAGUAAACCACAGAUUCUCAUUUAAAGCACUUUAUUGUUUUAUUGUAUUACAGCUUCAUUUUUUUCAAUGUUUCCAAGGAAUUUUGUGGACUGAUUUACCACCAGUCCAUUAACAAGUGCCAGCAUGAAGUCGUGCACUGCAUACAAUAAAUUGCUUCCACAGACAAUGAACAAAUACAUGCAAUGCACUAUGUAUGGUCUGCCAGUACUCCAAUGGCUAGGAUCCAGGGUGAUUACUUGCCAAUUUAUAAUUUUACAUAAAUCACUGUAUAAUUUAUUUAAUACGUUUCAUUUCUUACCACUACAGUACUUUAAAAUGCACUACGGUAGCUCUCCAAACCCACAUGCUGAAUACCGUUUUCCCCUGUAGAUUGUAUCUGACUGAAAUCCAAAGGAUAUUUUAAUUUAUUGUAAGCCUUAAGACAGUUUUCAUUUGACACCGGUCGACUUAUUAGUGUUAGAUUAUUUAAAUAUCUGAUAGAAUCUUUUUAUUUUAAAAAGCCAUGUUGUUACUGCUUUGAUGACGUCUGAUAAAGGUCAUCAAAAAUUUAAUUCCUGUUACCAGCAUAUAGUAAUAGAUAUGCUGGCUGGCUGAAAAACACUUGUCCGAACAUGGUCUGUCAAAGUGCUUUGGAAUUCCUGUGGCUAAAUGCUGCUGUGCAGAUCCCCAGGUGCUGUACAUCAGCACAGCUCCACUGAAGUCAAUGGACCUAUCCUGAUUUACACCAGCUGAGGAUGUAGCCCUAUAGGCUGAGUUUUGUUUGGGGUUUUUUUUAUAUAAAGAGAAAAAAGCAAUGUUAUAAAUAUUGUAAUAAAAUGAUUUAAUGUCAUACACUUCUCCUAAUACUAGACUGAGGAAUAGACUGGCAGUUAUGUGAAAGUAGAUCUUUGUAUAGACUACAACAGUCAAAGAUUUACUUACAUUAAAAUACGUUUUCAGGGGGAAAUGUUUUUUUAUUACUAGCAUUUUUAAUAUUUUUCUUCCGUAAUUUGCAUCAAAACCUGAAUUUCUGGUUCAAAUGGUGACUGGUUAGAAUUGUCCAUAUUUUUUAAACGUUUACAAAAUGUAUUCAGGUGAAACUAAGUAGUCAGUUCUGUUCACCAUUUGAAAAAAUAAUUACAAGUUUAAAAAAAAUCUAAUAUGGACCUAAUUGAACAGUGAAAUGCAGUUGUGUAGUUUUGUUGAUACAUCUCAGUCUCUGAUACUCUGUUGCAUAAAGCACAGUCAUAUGCAAAGAGGAAUUAAUUAUAAAAAGAAUAAAGCUUUUGUAUUAUCUUAAAAGUGGGUAAACUCCAAUGUUAACUCUGUACAUUUUGUGUUACAACUAUGGCCUUGCUUCCAUUAGACUGUAAAUGUUCUCUUUUGUUUUUUCAUUUUUUUCCCUUUAAAAAUCAUUUGUUGGAUUUGCACUGACAAAAACAAAGAAUGUUAAAUACAAAGUAUAACAGAUUUAAAUCACUAACCAAGGUUUCAAACAAAAAACUGUGCUACAAAUAACAGUAUUAUGAACAUUUAGGUGCUGACAUUUCGGCCCAGAUCCUCAAAAGGUAUUUAGGCACCUAACUCUCCCACUGAAAUCAAUGGGAAUUAGGCCCCUAACUACCUUAAACGAUCUGGGUCUUGGUGACUUGUAUGAAGUUUUCAGUAACUGACAGGAAAUAAAUACAUGAAAAUAUUUUGUUGUAAAAAAUAAAUACAGUGCUAUUAAACUUCUUGUUUUAAGUAAUGUGGAAAAAUUAAAAAGCAACAUAUAAUUCCA